AUCUUCUGGUGACAGCCUCACACUUUACACCAGUCGACGGUGGCCGGCAAACGUAGCCCGUCAUCAACCAAUUCGGCGCUGCCAGGGUCUCGCCCUCAACGAUUCACCCCGUCGUUCGUCAACGCACCCAUCUCUGUCGUAAAUCAUGGUGUCCACCCCCUCCGCCGGUCAAAGCGGUGGUGUUGGUGGUGUCAAUAGCGCAAAUGCCAGUUCCAGAGCUUCUCCUGCCGUCGCCUCCUCCAAUACCACAAACCAUGGCUCCUCAGCUACCAAUGGUGCGAAGUCGAAGACACACGUCAACUCAAACGGUUAUCAUCCAACGAAUCCUCCCGUACCUCUCAGUUCCAUGCGUAGUGCCCCGCUAGACCUUACAUCGGUCGAGCGAAGGGGUCAACCCACAGCGAGUCGAGAACCGCCUAAGAGGAGUAGACCUUAUGGACUCGAGGAGGCGCCGACGUAUUGUCCGACGGAAGAGGAAUGGAAAGAUCCAUUUGAGUACGUUCGCAAGAUUACCCCCGAAGCUCGCGAAUUUGGUAUUUGCAAGAUUAUUCCACCCGAUUCGUGGAAUCCCGACUUUGCAAUCGAUACUGAGAAAUUCCAUUUCCGAACAAGAAAACAGGAGUUGAAUUCGGUCGAAGGCAGCACGCGAGCGAAUUUAAGUUACCUAGAUGCUCUCGCCAAGUUCCACAAACAACAAGGAACCAACCUAAACCGUUUACCAUACGUUGAUAAAAAGCCUCUCGAUCUAUACCGACUUAAGAAAGCUGUUGAAUCUCGUGGCGGUUUUGAAAAAGUCUGUAAGACGAAAAAAUGGGCGGAGAUCGGUAGAGAUUUAGGCUACAGUGGCAAAAUCAUGUCAUCAUUGUCAACAUCGCUUAAAAAUUCCUACGAUCGAUGGCUGACGCCUUACGAAAACUACCUCCGUCAAGCGAAACCUGGCGUCUAUCAACAGCUAGAGUACGAAUAUGGCGGUCCAUUAACCCCUAGCCCAGCACCUAGUCCGAUGAAGCGGUCGGCCGUCAAUACUCCAUCCAGUUUAAGAGCGGAAUCCCCAGCUCGACAUGCUAGUGAUAUUCUCCAACAAACCUUGAAUGGCUCCAAACAGGAGAAUGAUCGAGAUACUAUUAUGGCCGAUGCGCCCCUAACCACCCCGCAACCUACAUCCGGCGGUUUUACUGCCAUUAAUUCAGGUGGCUUUACACCGGUGAAUGCCGGUUUUACGAGCGUCAACCGACCAGCCCAGGCGGAAUCUAAAAGCUUCACCCCACCACCACCGAAGCAUCAUGGAAGUCCCCAUCCAUCUGCUAAAAAUCCCACAGAUAUACGACUUUCCGCGCUCGGUCCUGCUACCGCCUUGAAGCGCCAGCUCAGCUCGGACAGUCUAGACUCAAUGAAGAAAGAUACCGGCACAGACAAAGAUGACUCAGAAAGUGGUAGCAGGAGGAGUAAGAGGCUCAAGAAGGAAACCGUUCCUACCGUUGCCGGUUCGCAUAUGUCACUAUUUCGACCCUCGGCUCCUAGAAUCCCAGUAUCACGGGAUGAAUCGUCCAGCCCGAGCGAGAAAUGUGAAGUCUGUGGCAAAGGCGAAGAAGCCGGCUUCAUUGCUGUCUGCGAAUCAUGCGAUCAUGGGUACCACGGUACUUGUUUAGAUCCCCCGAUCAAACAAAAGCCAGACGCCGAGUGGAACUGCCAUAGAUGCCUUGUCGGUGAUGGUCAAUUCGGUUUCGAGGAGGGUGGAUUGUACUCACUCAAACAAUUCCAAGAGAAGGCCGCAGACUUCAAGCAAGGGUAUUUCGAAAAUCGUAUGCCUAUUGACCCCGUCCUCAAUUGCCCUAGACCGGUCACAGAGGAUGAUAUCGAGAGGGAGUUUUGGAGACUUGUGACUAGUACUGAGGAGACAGUUGAGGUGGAAUAUGGCGCCGACAUUCAUUGCACUACCCAUGGUUCCGGCUUUCCGACAGCCGAACGUAACCCGUGCGAUCCAUACUCGACAGAUCUUUGGAACUUGAACGUCAUGCCUCUACAUCCUGACAGUCUCUUCCGUCACAUUAAAACUGACAUAUCCGGAAUGACCGUUCCGUGGGUUUACGUAGGAAUGAUUUUCUCGACAUUUUGCUGGCACAAUGAGGAUCAUUUUGCCUACUCGGUUAACUAUCAGCACUUUGGAGCCACCAAGACCUGGUAUGGUAUUCCGGCUGCUGAUACCGAGAAGUUCGAGAAUGCGAUGAGAGAAGCGGUGCCAGAACUUUUCGAGACACAACCUGACCUAUUAUUCCAGCUCGUGACGCUGCUCACCCCCGAGCAUCUUAAGAAAGCAGGCGUUCGAGUCUGCGCACUUGAUCAGAGAGCCGGCCAACUCGUCAUCACAUUUCCCCAAGCAUAUCACGCAGGCUUUAACCACGGCUUCAAUUUCAAUGAAGCUGUGAAUUUCGCACCAUUUGAAUGGGAACCAUAUGGACUUGCUGGUGUAGAGCGAUUGCAACAAUUUCGACGACAGCCGUGCUUCUCCCACGACGAACUCCUAUGGACGGCAGCAGAAGGUACUGGUGCAGGACUUACGAUUCAGACCGCGAAGUGGCUUGCGCCGGCUCUUCAGAAGAUACAUAAGCGAGAACUAAAUCAAAGAGAGGAGUUCAUCGCAAAACAUCGAGAAGACGGCCACCAGUCUUGCGCACUGAAUGCCGAAUCCGACGGUCAUUGCUCGCUGACUUUUGAAGUAUCCGACGAAGACGUACCCGAGGAAGAGUACCAAUGCUCUUAUUGCAAAUGUUAUGCUUACCUAUCAAGAUUUAAGUGUCUCCAAUCCGGCAAAGUACUAUGCAUCCAGCAUGCUGGGAAUCACACGUGUUGCGACAUACCCGAGUCAGAACGCUAUGCAGGCGAUCACCACAAGUUAUACUAUCGUAAGACCAAUGAAGAGCUCGAUGAAACUUAUCAAAGGGUGGCGGAUAAGGCCAAUACACCGGAAGCAUGGGAAGAAAAAUACGAGAAAUUGCUCGACGAGGGAGGCAAGCCAGCGCUGAAAACGCUGAGGAACCUUCUCACUGAGGGUGAACGAAUACCGUACGACCUCCCCUCCUUAUCAGCGCUCAGGGAAUUUGUUGAUCGCUGUAACGAGUGGGUCGAAGAGGCGACUAAUUAUACGGUGCGUAAACAGCAGAACCGCCGCAAGAACGACAAGGUCUGGCAGAGUGGUUUACGAAAGUCCAUCGGAAAUGCCACCCAUGAGCAAAAAGAGCGCGACGUCCGUCGAGUCGAAAACAUCUACCGCUUAAUUGAUGAUGCUGAACGUAUAGGUUUCGACUGUCCGGAGAUUCAGCAAUUACAAGAGCGCGCCAAUGCGAUCAGGACAUUUCAGAAAAAUGCCGAGCUAUAUCUAGAACGUGGGUGUGGCCAAGAAUCAAUCUCGGAAUUAAUUGAAGAAGGCCGUGCCUUUAAUGUCGACAUGCCAGAGCUUGAUAAGCUAUCCGAGAUUCUGGAACAAACGAAAUGGAACGCCAAGGCCAAGUCGAGCCGAAGCCUAUUCCUAACCCUGAAAGAAGUCAGAGAACUACUCGAAGAGGGCCAACGACUAGAAUUACCCCCAUACAAUGACAAUAUGAGAUACUUUGGCGAUAAAUACCAAGCUGGAUUGCAAUGGGAAUCCAAAGCAAAAGAGCUAAUCAACGCCGAGGUCGUACACUAUCCGCAGCUCGAGGCCCUAUCGAACCAAGUACAAGUUAAUACCCUCCCCGUAACGGCAGAAACGUUAGCUGCUGUGGAUCAAAUACUGCAUAAGCAGCGAGAAGCACAUCGCCAGAUCAUCGACUUAACCGAGCGUUCCAAGGAUCCCGAUUACACGAAGAGGCCGAAGUACGCCGAAGUGGUUGAGAUCAUGAAGAAGUUAGAGGAUCUUAAUUCCAAGCCGACGGGAACCCUGGAUCUCGAAAAGGAACAGAGACGCCACGAAGAUUGGAUGCGAAAGGGAAAGAAGCUAUUCGGAAAGACUAAUGCUCCGCUCCACAUUCUCAAAUCUCACAUGGACUACGUUUUAGAGCGAAACCUCGCGUGCUUUGACAUUCGGAACGACACUCCCCGAUUACCAGCAGAGCCCGCAUCCAGAGCAGCCAGCGAGGAGAAAGGAGAAGAAGGCAAGGUUCGACGAACCUGGGAUAUUAAUGACCCAGCUCUGGUAGAAGUAUUCUGUAUCUGUCGCCGUAUUGAGGCUGGCAUGAUGAUUGAAUGCGAAUUAUGCCACGAAUGGUAUCACGGGAAGUGCCUUAAAAUCGCUCGAGGAAAGGUAAAGGAAGACGACAAGUACACCUGCCCGAUCUGCGAUUGGCGAGUCAAGAUUCCUCGGGAUGCUGCUCGGCCUAAGCUAGAAGAUCUCAUUGCUUGGCAGGAAGAGAUUCCGAAUCUACCUUUUCAACCCGAAGAAGAGGAAGUGCUUAAAAACAUAAUCAACAAUGCACAAAAGUUCCGAGAUCAUAUAGCAGCAUUCUGCAACCCCGUUCUUUCGACAGCGGCCGAAACUAGCGACCAGCGAUUCUACCUUCGGAAAAUCGAAGGUGCCGAAAUUCUCUUGUCCUUUGAGACAAACUUCUUCCGACAGGAGUUACACAAGUGGAGUCCGGUGGCACCCGAACCGCCUCCCGUUCUGGAUGUUUCGAAGAGCACGCGAAAGCCUCGUCCGACGAAGUUGCAAAAAAUGCUGGCGCAAUUUGGUGUGGACGAUCCGGAUGACCUCCCCGAGAACAUGAAAAGUAAGGCUAAUAGUCUUAAACGUAAGGCGAUGAAUGCGGAGGCUGCGGCGGCAGCUGCUGCAGCUCAGGCCGCAAACCAAUCUUCUAAUACCAAUCUUGUUCCUCCGCACGCGACAAGCCCAUCUUCUCACUCGUAUGGUUCUGGUAAUCAUCCUUUCUUUUCUCGAAGCUCGCAACCAUCUACCCCGGCUUUGACUAGUACUUCCCACGCCCAUCCGCCUCAGCGAUCCAACUCAGCAUCUUCGAGUAGACCUGGAUCGUCCCUUCGCCCCGAUGCCAUGGAUGUGAGUAGUACAGCGGGUCUUCAUCCUGACUUUUUCAUGUCUGGUGCGGGUUCUAGUAGCACUGGUCCGCGAUUAGCCGGCCCAGAUUUGUCUUUGACGCUAGAAGAUCGUUUAUUGCGGGGAGACGAUUUCUUAAAUCUACACACGGACGCUGACAAGGCUAAGGCCCUUGAGAUGUUACGCCGAACCGAGAUGGGUCGCAAAAAAGCUGAGGAAAUAUUCGGCCCUGAUGUGUGGAAUCGUAGCCGCGACAAUGCGUUUGUGAACAGGACAGACAUCGGCCAGACCCACCAAGACGACGACAAGGACGUCGACAAGAUGUUCUUGGAUCUUACCAAUGCCGAUGACGAUGAGGAGGCCAAAAAGGAAAGGCAACGAGAAAAGGAACGAGUUAGUGUCACCGCUGAUAGUUUUGAGGCAGAGCGAAAUGCGAUGGAUAUGGAGGAUUCUGAUUGAGCAUCGCCGUCUCGAAAAUAUCCUAACAAAUAAUCGAUGAGGGUUGGUGUUGUCGAUAAUCAGCAAGGGUCUAAGUUAAGGAGAGGUUCGACAUAAUCGGCAUAUUGACCAUUAAAAUUCUCUAGCGUAUCGACCAAUAUUUCUCUGUGCUAUAUUCAUAAUCGCGGCAGAAGGGCAGGCGUACAAUUAGGGAAAAUACGUCAUCAGAUAUAGAGGCGUUAUUAUGGCUGAAGUUGCAGACCAAAAUUUUCUUUCCAUCUUGUAUCAUUACAGGACUUAGGCCAGAGAGCCCGUUUUACACAUCACUGCAUUAGAUAGGCGUUGCGUCCAGGUUUCGGCUCGGUAUACCUCAUUCAAUUCAAUGGAAGGAGUCGAGAGGGGGAACCGAUACCUAACGUAGCUAUUUACGUAGCUAUUUGAUUUGAUCGUUAUUCAUUUAUCGCCUGAUUCCGUGUCGAAUGUGACUACUUGUAG